AUGCAUUACAAAACUGCCCUCGCUCUCUUCCUCGGCGUUGCUGCUGCCGCCCCCAAGGCCCAGCUUAACGCACCUCAGGUCUCUGAAGGCCCCUCCAGCAUCAAGAUCAACGGUGUCUCUCUCCUCGGGACCGGCUGCCCUGCUGGUACCGCCGAUGUCCAGGUUGACGCCACCGGCGAGCUCUUCGAGGCCACCUUCUCGGCCUACGAGGUCCUCACUGGUCCCGGCACUAGGGCCUCCGACUGGCGAAAGAACUGCAAGCUUACCUUGAAUCUUGAGUUUGACCGCGGCUUCCAAUUUUCUAUCAUGGCCACCGACAUGAUCGGCUACGCCGAGAUCCCUGCCGGUGCCCACGGGACCUGCAAGAACACCUUCUCUUUCACCGGCCAGACCUCCUCUGGCGGCAUUGACAAGGUCGACUUCGACCUUGGCCUCGAUGGCCACUACAGCGGCGACUUUGACCUCCACGCCGACCCGGGCAUUUUCUCGUGGUCUCCGUGCGACGGCAGCACGGCCAUCCUCAACUUGAACACUCAGUGCUCCAUCAGCCCCACGAGCGAGAGUGCCCUCAUUGCAGUCGAUCAUGUCUCCGGAAAACUCACCAUUCAGUUCCGUCUCGCUUGGAGGCCUUGCCCCAACUUCCGGGGAUAG